AUGCCGCGCGGCGUGUUCUCCGGGCUGCUGGCCGCGGAUGCCGGCGCCGCCACCGGCGGCGCCGGCGGCGCCGAGGAGGCCCGGGCGGGCGUGGCCGCAGGGGGCACCGGAGGCGCGGGCGGAGGCGGCGCCGAGGGCUCGGCGGCCGCGGGCGGAGGCGGCCCGGCGGCCGCGGACGAGCGGUCCUGGGACUGCCCGUGCCCAGGGGCGCGCGAGGCGCACCUGUGGAGCUACGCCCCGGGCUCUGGCCUGCCGACGCUGCGGUGCCCCUGCCGCGAGAUGGGGGCGAAGGAGAGCUCGCUUGGCCUCCCCGGCCUGGCCGGCCCCGCCCCCCCCCUGCGCCGUGCGCGGGCCGCCGGGCGGCUGCCGCGGCCGCGCAGCCGCCCCGAGGGGGCCAGCUUCCUGUGA